CCCCGCCCGCCCCUUCUACCACACUCAGUCUUCGCCUCAACACCGAUAUCACCAUGGAGUUCCAGGUCUUGGGUAAUGCUGCACACACUCUGCAAACGGUGGCUGUUGCCACCUUGUUCUUUGGGAUUGUGUUCUUUUUCCCAAAACUGAUGUACUACGGAAAGAUCUCGAAGCUACCUGCGUUGGACAGCCAAAAGAGCUAUUUCAUCAGUUCCGCGAGAAAGAUAUACGCCGAAGGUUAUCAGAAAUACAAAGAUUCCGUCUACCGUGUCAAGACAAACGAUGAUGAAACACAUGUCGUGCUUCCUCCGCUUUUUCUUGCAGAGGUCCGCAAGCUUCCAGAUACGGUUCUCAGUUUCCCAAAGGCUGUUGAGAAUUUGAUGGAAACUCGUUACACGCAAAUCAUCACCGAAUCGCAAAUGAUGUCCCAUUCUAUCAAAGCUGACCUCACACCGAAUCUAUCACGUUUGAAUAGUGUAGUCUUCGAAGAAGUCCAACAAGCCGUAUCCGAAGAUAUACCAGCAUGUGAGGAUUGGACCUCAAUCAACAUUUACUUCACCCUGGUACACAUGGUCGCCAAAAUCACUGGGCGCUUAUUUGUCGGUCCUGAUCUAUGUCGACACAAGGACUACAUUGACAGUGCGAUCAAUUAUACCAUGGACGUGAUAGCCGUCCAGCAAGGCGCAAAGAAGAUCAAUCCAUGGCUGCGCCCUAUACUUGCGCCACGCCUUCCGGAGUAUAAGCGUCUUCGCCAAAGGGAGAAGGACGCGGAAGCUCUUCUGGAGCCUAUCAUCGAAGCACGGCGAGUCGCUGAGGCCAAUGAUCCUGACUAUCAGCGGCCCGACGAUAUGUUGGCUUGGUUCAUGGCUCGAAGCAAAGAUUACAGAUACCACUCGAAUCUUGAACUAGCAAAAUUGCAACUCGGCCUGAUCUUCGCUGCGAUCCACACGACGACCUUGACCGCAACUAACAUCCUCUACACGCUUGCCUCGCAGCCCGAGUACAUGAAACCCCUGCGCGAGGAGAUCCGGACUGUUAUGGCUAAGAAUGGCGGAACAAUCACCACCCGCGCUCUCCAACAAAUGAUCAAGCUGGAUAGCUACAUGAAAGAAGUCGUCCGUUUCGAUCCCAUCAGUAUCACAUCAUUCAACCGCAAGGUCCUUCGAGGCUUCACCCUCUCUAAUGGACAAUACAUCCCAGCUGGCGUCACCGUUGUUAUCCCUACCCACGAAAUCUACAACGAUCCAGCCAAUUUCUCGAUGGAGGCGACCGACCCCAAGGAAUUUGAUGGUUUCCGUUACUCCAAGAUUCGUGAGAACGGAAAUGCUACGGAUCAUGCCAGAAAUCAAUUCGUGACGGCGAAUGAUCAAAGCACCAUGUUCGGGUACGGCAGACACGCUUGCCCUGGCAGGUUCUUUGCAGCCAAUGAGAUCAAGAUGAUUCUCGCGAGGCUGAUCUUGGACUACGAUAUCAAAAACGAAGGCGACCAUGUGGGGAGAUAUCCCAACCACGAAUAUGGAGGCUCGGUGUCGGUGGAUGCCACGAAGAAUCUCUUGUUGAAGAAAGUGGAGGUUUAA